GCAGCGCCGGCGUUUACCGCCUUUCCGGAAGCGCGGGAGUCUUGGUCUCUAUUACCUUCGCUUAGGCAGUUGUACCGUAGUACCGUUAGGUUCUUCAUUUUCCUCAGACUUUACGGCCGUUUGAGGUGAAAUGGCUCCGGGCGAGAGAGGAACAAACGGUGGCAAUGGAGGGGCCGCCACUACCUCAGGCUGCCCGUAGGGAGGGAGCAUGAGGGGCCUCUGAGUCGUUUGGGCCUGCCCUUAGUUCCUUUGCAGUAAUACUGCCUACCGCGAAGAUGAGCUCCGUCUGGGUCACCUCUUUCGAGAAGGAGCAUCUUUGGAUGUAUCUGCAGGCGCUCGGCUUUGAGCCAGGCCCGGCCACCAUCGCCUGCGGAAAGAUCGUGUCUCACACGCACCUGGGAGUGAACAUGUUUGACAAGCUGAAUCGUGAUGCCUUUCAAAUCGUUUCUUAUUUUUUGUUCCAAACGCUGGACCAGUCUCUCACCAAAGAAGUUUUCAAGCUUUGUUGGCCUCCGUUUGACCAAAAAAGUGACACUGAAUUCCGGAAACAUUGCUGUGAAUGGUUAAAAAAGAUUUCUGCUGAAUGUGGAAGUGGCUUUCCUCAAGUUGUUGGUUCACUAUUUCUUUCUCCUGGUGGUCCUAAAUUUAUUCAUCUGAUGUAUCAUUUUGCAAGAUUUGUUGCAAUAAAAUAUAUAAAAACCCAUUCUAGAAAUUCAUCUAUACAUUUUACAGAGACAUUUAAUGUAAAGCCACAAGAUAUGCAUAAAUGCAUUGCCAGAUGCCAUAUAGCACGCAAUAGAUUUUUACAUAUUUUGCAAAGAGAAGAUUGUGUUAUCCGAGAGUAUCAGGAAAAUGCACAGUUGUCAGUUAAACAAGUACAAAAUUUGAGAUCAGAGUGUAUGGGACAGGAAAACCAAAUAAAAAAAAUGGAACCCUAUGAUGACCAAAGUAAUAUACAAGAGAAAAUCCAAAAGGUGCGGUCAUUGUGGGCCUCAGUGAAUGAAACACUCACGUUUUUGGAAAAAGAAAGAGAAGUUGUUAAUGCAGUCCUUAGUCUUGUUAACCAGUAUACUUUAGAUGGAACUAAUGUCGCUAUCGAUAUUCCAAGGCUCUUACUUGACAAAAUUGAGAAACAAAUGGGUCAGUUGCACAUAGGAAAUGUUUAUGAGGCUGGAAAAUUGAACCUGUUAACAGUUAUUCAGUUAUUAAAUGAAGUUUUGAAAGUAGUGAAAUACGAACGUUAUCAGGCUGACCCAGCAAGACUGACAAUAGACCUUCAAUUCCUUGAAAAAGAGACCAAACUUCAGAGAGAAAGAUUAUCAGAUCUGAAGCGUAUGAGGUGUAAAGUAAAAGAAGAUCUCACAACUAUAAAACAUUCUGUUGCUGAAAGGCAAGGAGAGUGGCAUAAAAAGUGGAAAGAAUUUCUUGGUCUGUCUCCUUUCAGUCUAGUUAAAGGUUCGACUCCAGCUGUGGAUCUUUUACCACCAAUGUCUCCCCUUUCAUUUGAUCCUGCCUCGGAAGAAGUGUAUGCUAGGAGUAUUCUUUUGCGGUAUCCUGCUUCACUUCCAGAUAUACCUAAGCAACAUAACCAAGAAAAUGAUUGCAGGAGAGCCAGUGAUAUACCGGCAACUGUACAUGAUCUAACCAACAGACCUGCUUCUUUCCUGUUGCAGCCAGUUUCAUCAUCGGGUAGAAACAGUGUUAGACUGCUUGAAAAGGACAUGAAGAUAAGAACUCCUAGAGAAGGAAAUGAAACACCUCCUAAGGAAACACCAAAAUUUGAAAUGGAAGGCUCUUCAUCAUCAAAUACUGCAAGAAAUACAGAGAAUACUGCAUUUGCAGAGAAUUAUGAUCCAUUCCAAAAAGAGCAGGAUCAUAUGGUAGAAGAGGUUGCAAGGGCAGUUUUAUCUGACUCACCACAGCCCUCUAAAGGAAAAGAACUAAAAUUACAGGAACUAAUUGAUACUCUAGUUUCUAACCCAUUCUUAACAAGGAACCAAAUUCCCCGAACGCCAGAAAAUUUGAUAAGCGAAAUUAGGAGCUCAUGGAGAAAAGCUGUGGAAAUGGAAGGUAACAGAAGUACAGAACUAAUACAGAUGGAUACCAAAGAUAGAGAAAUAUCACCAGAAUCCUUACCUGUGUUGCAUAAUCAAAGAGAAUUUAGCAGGACCAGUUUUCUCUCAGCAACCUCUGUAUCCGAUUCUAGCCAUUUCCAUUUGCCUGAAGAGAAAGUUGUUUCCGAUUGCCUCAAGUGUGUGCCUCAGAAACAUGCGGGGACCAGUCACAUUGGUGGACUGUCAACACAACAUCAGUCAGAUGUGUUAAACAAGAAAAUAAUGGACAAGCAAGGUUUGGAGUGUGCAGCGUUACAGAACAGGCUUUUAGAAACUAGCCAAACAGAGACAUUCUCCCCUGCUGUAGGUAAUAGGAGAGUUGUGAUGGGCAGCAGUGAAGAGGAACAUGUUAAAAUAGCAGACCACUCAAAAGCUUCUUACAAAGAACCUUUCGUGCAUAAAAGUAUGUUAUGGGACUCUUUUCAAGUAUCAAGUGGAAUUAGUUCCACAAGUUUAAAGGAUAUUGAUUUUGGCAUAUUACAUGAAACUCUUCCAGAAGAAGUUGGUCACUUAAGUCUUAAUAGCUCCAGUAGUACAGAGGCCAAUUUUAAACUGGAACCAGAUAGUCCUGUGCACAGUGGCAUUUUUCCCGAGGAUGUUGUGGGAGAAAGACCGACUACUCCAGAAUCAGACUUUAAUUUACAGGCUAUUUGCCGUAGAUAUGAAGCUCUGAAAAAAUCUCUGUCCAAGAAAAGAGAAGAAACUGACUUUUCCAAUCCUGAAACACUUGAAAGACACAAACCAGAAUUGAGCCCUACUCCCAGAAACAUGCAAACAGAUGAUAUGCUUGACUUUUUGAACAGUCAUGAUUUGCACACUGACUAUACAAAACCGUCUUUACGCAUGUCCCUUGGUGAAAGGAAACAGUCUCUUUCACCACUAAUUAAGUUUUCUCCAGUGGAACAAAGAUUGAGAACCACAGUACCAUGUAGUUUUGGAGAACUUCUACCUAACUUAAAAGAAGAAGAAGUCUUGAAUAAGAGCCUUGAUGAAACAAAUCUCCAUCAGACUUGAAAAGAUGAAAGCAGAAGCCCAGUUAAUUCAACUAUGACGUACUUACAUUUCAAGCAGUGUCACAGGAUCAAAACUGGUUUAUAAUUUAAAUACACGUUGGAAGUGUAACUCUUCUUUCAAGGCCUGAAAAUCCUAAAUAAUGCCUUUUAGCAAACAUUAGUUUUUAGGUAAAGAGAUCUUUGGAUUUUCUCUUUGUAUGGAUAUGGGGUUUAAAUGUGAAGUAUUUGUGAAGGGAAGCAGACCUCAAGUUAUAUGAAACCAUUUUGAUUCCUUGAAUAAUUUGUAAGCGUUAAGUAAAUAGCAAAUAGUAGUUUAAUUUAUUAUGUUAUAAUUUCAGUUGAUUAACAUAAACAUGAGUGGUUUUUGAUAUACUUGUAUUAAGUGGUUAACAUAAUAGCCAUUGAAUAUACUGACCUUUCAUUUUAGGGAAAUAGAGAGCUUUUAUUGUUUCUUUAUGGAACAUUAUAGUACUAACCAAAAAAGUGAGAAAAGUAGUGCCUUGGGAUGUGUAGUCAAGGUGAGGAAAAUUUAAGUUUGGGAAAGCUGUAAGCAGGCUUAGUGGUUAUUUAAGUAGGUUUGUCCUGGAAAAUGUUUGAUGGAAUAAAAUGUAUGUGAUGAUAAGUGAAGACUGGGGCAGAAUGAAUUUAGAUAAAUGGAAAAUGAUGGAAGAUGACUAGACACUUUUAAGGAACACUGUCACACUAUAAAUCCAUUCAAUGGGUUUGCAGCAGAUUUAUAUUUAGUCUAAUUUAGACUUUGAGAAUUUAACCCCUAGUUUUAUAUUUUAACAAAAGAUGUAAAUUAAAAAAUGUAUUAGUCUCUGUUUAUUGUUGGUUUAUUUGUGGGGGGCAUGGUUUUUAGGGAAAGGAGCUAAUUUUGAUUGUGUUACUUCUCAAAAACCAUCAGUUUCCCACUGCCUAUGAAUAACCUCAAAAUAACUUGAGAAAACUGAAUUUGGGGUACUUGCUUAGUUACACAGGUAAGUUGGUGGUGAAGCUAGGAUUUGACCCUAUUUUCUUUCCUUAAUAUACUACAAGACCUUCUGGAAAUAACUAAAAGGCCAGGAUAAACAAUAUGGCAACAGGGGUUGGCCUGUUGAUCUUCUGGACUGAGUGGGGAAUCAGAUGUGUGGCCACUGGUUCAGUAACCUCCCUCGACUCUGUCAUGCCCUCCGGCUGGGAAAAUGGCUUAUCUCUACCAUCCAAGUGUAUGUAUGCCAUUGACCUCUGUGAACCAGGAAGAAUGAGCACGCACUGGAAAGGUGAUAGCACUUACGGUACCCUGUCUAGCCCCAACUCUUAAGCAUUAAAACCUUGUUCAUUUGUCAAGAAACUGUAGAGGAGAAGAGAUUAAGUUGAAGGGGGGAGUUCUGGAAGUAGAUGGGCUUAAUUGUUCAUCUUUCUUCACUCUGGCCUUUUCUGAGUUGUUUGACCCCAGUUUGAAGGCCAGUCUUUUUGUGAGAAAAGACAGAAGAAAAUCAUAUAUAACUGCCUUAUUUGCUGUGGAAAAGAAAGAGGAAGGACAGCUAGCUUCUAAGGUGCUAUAUUCUUUUAUUAAUACAACAAUCAGUGACUGUAGGUCUACUGGGAAACUCUUCUAUAGUGUGCCCUAAGAAAAUGCACUAACCUGUAAAUCCAAAAUUAACAUGGUAGGUUGGAGGUAGGCCUAUCAUAUUAGCAUCUACAAAGUGCCAGGGCCAUUCCUAGACAUAAUACAUAUUGUUUCAUUUAAUUGUCGUAACUCUUAACUGUAAGAUAGAGAUUAUUAUACCUAUUUUACAAAGAUACUGAAGGUAGGGAGCUUAAAUGACUUGCCUAAGAUGGACUCAAGGAAUCAUCUGAGAACCUAAAAACUGGAGGGUCUGUAGGUCUUAAAUGGGGAUUAAGAAUCUACAUUUUGAAUAUGCUUCCCUGGUAAUUCUUAGGCUCAGUAAAAAGAUUGAGAACUGCUAGGGGGUAGAGUCACAUUUAGCCUUGGGGUACUUUAAAAAAGCAGGUAUGUUAUUACAUAUGUACUGCUUUAGAGGUUAACUAAUAAGGAAACUCAAGUUCACCAUUAAGGGUCAGAGGUCCUUAAUUACUGAGAAUCAAAAGAACAAAGUAUCUCUGGAACAGUAUGGGUUUACAAAAACCACAUUAUUAAGUCAGACCUGUGAUAAGUUGGGAGUUUUGGCAUUCUUUUCUGUCCUUUCUUUAUAUGCCAGUAGUAUAAAAAAUAUCUCAGAUCUAUCUUUUCUGCUAAACCAUUGUGGUUAUGACUUCAGCUUCUUUAUCCAGUAUUGCCUGCAUAGCUACCUUUUGACCUUAAGGGACUGUUUUGAUCACUUAAUUUAAAAUUUCAUUCAUGGUUUAUUGGCAAUUCCAGGAUAGAGUUCAAUUUUACAGGCAUAUAAGGUUCUCUAGAUUCCUCUACUCCCCCUUCCACUGUCGUUUCCUAUUUUUUUACUUCUGAAGAGUUGGUGAGCAUGGGCCUUUAGAAAUCUUAAUCCACAAUUACAGCUGUCUUUUAGGGCUCAGAACAAAUCUUACUUUCACCUUUAAGUCUUAAUCUAUUCCUUCCAUAUUCAUGGGCUUACCCCUUCUCUGCAAUCUAUGGUUUAUCUUUUAUUUAUUUAGUAUUUUUCACAAUGCUUUUAUCAUAUUUUAUGGUUGUAUGUGAUCUUCUCAGUCAUAACAGAUUAUAUACAUAUAGACAUAUAUACCUAUGUAGAUGUAGGAGUUGUGUGUCCACACAUACAUAUCCUCAGGGGCCAUGGAUCAUCUUUCGCAAAUACUGAAGUAUUGGAAUUGUUUUCUUUGCCUAUGUAAAUUAAAUUAAAAUGGUAAAGACUUUAUUGCGGUAAAUGUACCUUUUCUCGUUACCUUCAUAGGUUAUACAGAACGUACCUUGUUUUAUUCGCUAUUAAUUUGUAAGAUAAAGGUGUGUAAAUUGACUUCUAUGUCAACUUGAAACUUUAGUAAUGAAUGACAAAACGUCUUAAUAUUUUGUCCUAGUUGUUUUAAAUGUUUAAAGAGGACAAGCAUGUAAUGUUUAACAUGAAAAAUGUUAUCAGUCAAAUGGAAUAAGUAUUUGAGACUAAAAAAGACAUUUUGGGGGAAUUUAAUGAAAAAAAAUACAAGUAUUUUGAAAUGAUCCCUUACCAUCAUCUAUUAAGUCAGUUUUAUCUAAAGGAAAAAAAAAACACAGGAAUUCUUGAGACUUUUAUAAAGGAAACUUUUUUUUUUUUUUCCUACUCUUAGUAUACUAAACUAAAUAAAUAUUUAAGGACAUUUUCUUUAAUGUAAAAGUACUUGCAAAGGUAAAAUUCUCUUUCACAUUAUGUUGCAGAUAAAUAGUUCCUCUUUCUCCUUAUGCACCGUGAAAGUCAAGUCCACAUGCUAAAUUUAAAAUAUUUGUGAGUCCUCUAUGGGACUAUUUGUAACUAUGUUCUACUUACUAGUCUUGAAUAAACACUCAAUAUUAUA